UUGAUAACGAUUUCAAUGUGUAAUGUGAACAUUAAACAGUCAAAAAUAGCAAAAAUAAGUGUCUACACUACACCUCGCCUCACAAUCUCUUUCAAUUCACAAAACGCUGCAAAAAUCUGCAAUUUUCACACCUUUUCUCUCUCCUAUAAAAACCCAACCUUUCACCCAUCUUCAACCCAGAAUAAACUCUUCAUUUCUACCCACAUAUAGAAACUUCCAGAAAAAAACCCAGAGCAACAAUGGCGGGACAAGAAGUGAGCAACAAACAAGUGGUCUUAAAGGAUUACGUUGUUGGGUUUCCCAAAGAAUCAGACAUGGAGUUCAAAACUUCAAAGAUUAACCUUAAACUUUCAGAAGAUUCUAAUGGGAUUCUUCUUAAGAAUCUUUACUUGUCUUGUGAUCCUUAUAUGAGGAGUCGUAUGACCAAGCAUGAUCGACCUACUUAUGUCGAAUCUUUCGUACCUGGAUCGCCCAUUAUGGGGUAUGGAGUGUCCAAAGUGCUGGAUUCUCGGCAUCCAGAUUACAAAGCGGGUGACCUUGUAUGGGGAAUAACUGGAUGGGAAGAAUAUAGUCUUAUCUCAUCUCCACAGUUAUUCUUUAAAAUUGAGCAUACUGAUGUGCCUCUUUCCUACUAUACUGGGAUUCUUGGUAUGCCUGGCAUGACAGCCUAUGCUGGUUUCUAUGAGGUUGGAUCUCCUAAGAAGGGAGAUCGUGUCUUUGUCUCCUCAGCAUCUGGUGCUGUUGGUCAACUAGUUGGACAACUUGCUAAAUUGAAUGGUUGCUACGUUGUUGGAAGUGCUGGUAGCAAAGAGAAGGUUGAUUUAUUGAAAAACAAAUUCGGAUUUGAUGAAGCCUUCAAUUACAAGGAAGAGAAAGACUUAGAUGCGGCCUUGAGGAGGUAUUUUCCAGAGGGAAUUGACAUUUAUUUUGAGAAUGUUGGAGGGAAGAUGCUUGAGGCUGUUCUAUCCAACAUGAGACUCCAUGGCCGAAUCCCAACCUGCGGAAUGAUCUCACAGUAUAAUCUCGAACAGCCAGAGGGAGUCCACAAUUUAUUCGAAAUCGUAGCCAAACGUAUUCGUAUGGAAGGAUUUAUAGUUUUUGAUUACUAUCAUCUCUACCCUAAAUACCUGGAAAUGAUCCUACCACACAUCAGGGAGGGCAAGGUUUCAUAUGUUGAAGAUGUUGCUGAAGGCUUAGAGAGUGCUCCUGCAGCCUUGAUUGGGAUCUACUCUGGCCGUAAUGUUGGGAAGCAACUCGUUGUCGUGUCUCGUGACUAAAUUCUAUCAUAUGAAGUGUGAACAUGCUGUGUUGAGCCUGUAAGUUGUAAGUGAUGAUGUCUGUGGGGAGUAGAAUUGGGUGAUAUCUAUUCCUGAAAGAUUAGUUGUAGCAGUAAUUAAAUAUGUAUGGUACUUGUGCAUUUUGCACGUCUUUUUAUACUCGUACUUGAUAAUACGGAGUACUAAUUAAAUCUUGAGCUCGCAGACAUUUGUGCAUUUUUGUUUCAACAAAAACAGCCAAUGAAGACUAAUAUGUCUUGGCCUUUUGGGUUCACUUAGAGAGAGUGCUUGUACCAUUUUGGAUUCACCUUUGCAUAUUUGGGAUAGGUUUUCUUACCUGUUUCCCUCUUAGGCCCUGUUCUUUUAGACUUAUUAUUAUUAUCAUUAUUAUUAUUGUUAUUAUGUUAUGAAAUAUAUAUUAAUGUAUGUUCAUUAUACUUUUGUAACCUAUUAAGCUUUAUUAUUUCCACUUUGUAAACCCCUUU